GACAUUUUGGCCUUGAGGGUCCCUUUAGUUUGGUAUUUGGCUGAUUGAAGGAGCAGAAUAAGAUUGCAGUGAAAGAAAGUAAUGUGGUUGCCAAAGCAUCGGUCAGAUAAAAAGGAUGGUGUGAGUGGAUUAGUAGCAGUGGCAAUUGAUAAAAAGAAAGAAAGCCAAUCUGCACUCAAAUGGGCAGUUGACAAUCUCCUCACCAGAAGUGCAACAGUAAUUCUCAUCCAUGUCAAGCUUCUCGCACCAACCCUCUCUCCAUCACCUUCUCUUUUCGCCCCUAGUAAUUCUUUCCUGGGUGAUGAUACUUCAGUGGUAAGCAAAGAACACGAAGGCCAAAACAGAAGUGUUUUCCUCCCAUAUCGUGUCUUCUGUACAAGAAAAGAUAUUCAAUGCAAGGAUGUCCUAUUAGAAGAUUCAGAAGUACCCAGAGCUAUAAUUGAAUAUGCUUCUCAGACAGGAGUUGAGCAUCUGGUUCUUGGCUCUUCAGCAAAAACUAGUUUUCUCAAAAGAUUCAAGGUGUCAGAUAUUCCAGGAGAAAUUGCAAAAGGGGCGCCAGAUUUCUGUACUGUCUAUGUUAUUGCGAAAGGAAAGAUUCAAACUAUGCGAUCUGCUACUCGUCCUGCACCUGCCAUUUUCUCUAACCAGGUCUGUCAAAUUAACAAUGGCAGGUCAAACCUUUCAGAGCCAAAUGUGUUCUCAUCUCGAAGCAUAAGAGAGCAAGAAACGUAUUCCUUUGAUGCUGGAUCACAGUAUGAUGAAACAUUCAGGUCACCAUUUACUAGGAAACGUUACAAUGGCAGACAAUAUGGGGACACUCCCAAUUUAGAUACGGACAUAUCCUUUGUAAGCUCUGGAAGGAGAAGCACAGAACAUUUGAUCCCUUCAUUGAACUUAGAUACAGGAAUAUCCAACAGUCGGCUAUCAUAUAGCUCAGACAUAGAUGCAAACUUCAGCUUUGAGUCAGCGUCUUAUCGAAGGAAGUCUACGGAAAUGGGCUCUCCUCUUGAAUUAUCAUCAUUCUCAUUUGAGAGUGAUAAGCAAUCAUCUUGUUCGUCACAAACAGCGGAUGACAUGGAAGCUGAAAUGAGAAGAUUGAAGUUGGAGCUGAAGCAGACCAUGAAAAUGUAUAACACGGCUUGUAAAGAAGCACUCACAGCACAACAGAAGGCAGUGGAACUUCAGCGGUGGAAAAUGGAGGAAGAGAGGAGAUUGGAAGAAGCGAGGCUGGCUGAGGAAGCAGCACUGGCAAUUGCAGAAAAGGAGAAAGCCAAGUCUAAAGCAGCCAUUGAGGCUGCCGAAGCACAAAAAAGGAUUGCAGAACUGGAGGCACAGAAGAGACUCAGUGCAGAAAUGAAAGCACUUAAAGAAUCAGAAGAGAAAAGAAAAGUGCUUGAAUCUUUGGUAAAUGUAGAUGUCAGGUAUAGAAAAUAUACUAUUGAGGAGAUUGAAGAAGCAACAAAAUUUUUUUCUGAAUCCCUUAAAAUUGGAGAAGGAGGAUAUGGUCCUGUUUUCAAGUGCCUUUUGGAUCACACCCCUGUUGCAGUCAAGGUUCUACGCCCUGAUGCACAACAAGGAAGAUCACAGUUUCAGCGAGAGGUUGAGGUAUUGAGCUGCAUACGGCAUCCACACAUGGUUCUACUCCUAGGAGCAUGUCCAGAAUAUGGAUGUCUAGUGUAUGAGUAUAUGGCAAAUGGUAGCUUGGAAGAUCGCCUCUUUCGACAAGGCAACACUCCCCCACUGCCUUGGCAGCUAAGAUUCAAGAUAGCAGCGGAGAUUGGCACAGGCUUGCUGUUCCUGCACCAGACAAAACCAGAACCUCUGGUGCACAGGGACUUGAAACCAGCCAACAUCUUGCUUGACAGAAACUUUGUGUCCAAAAUCAGUGAUGUAGGUUUGGCCAGGCUAGUUCCACCAUCUGUGGCAGACUCUGUCACGCAGUAUCACAUGACAUCCGCAGCCGGAACCUUCUGCUACAUAGAUCCUGAGUACCAGCAGACAGGAAUGUUAGGAGUGAAAUCAGACAUAUACUCCCUUGGGAUAAUCUUUUUACAAAUUUUAACAGCAAAAUCACCUAUGGGUUUGACCCAUCAUGUUGCAAGGGCCAUUGAGAAAGGAACUUUAUCUGAGAUGUUGGAUCCAUCACUCUCUGAUUGGCCACAAGAGGAGGCCUUGACGUUUGCUAAGUUGGGAGUGCAGUGUGCUGAAUUAAGGCGCAGAGACAGACCUGAUCUUGGCAAGGUUGUCCUACCAGAACUCGACAGACUCAGAAACCUUGCUGAAGAUACUGACCUUAUUUCAGCUUUGGGUAACCCUACGAAUAUGCCCCGAGACAGACAUGUUUCAGCUGUACUGGAAGGAGAUUGUCCUCCAUUUCCUAACCCUGUCUCAGGGGAAAUUAGAGCUAACAAUUCAGUGACUUUCUGACAAGUGAAAACAACGAUGGAACC